AAUAAGAGAGGGAGGGGUGGCACACAAUGUGACUGGUGACAAUCCCUUGGUCUGCAGAGAGAGAGAGGGAGGUAGGGAGCAGGGGAUGAAUAAACACAUGCACGGGCAGAGAUGUGAAGAGGGAGCUCACACACACACACGCACCACCUGAUUCAGCGGAACAGAUUUAUUCGUCACCUCUCCCUGCAGCCUCAUGCAGAGAGCCUGAUGCAAAACACAAGGCAACCCCAAGCCCAGCAGCACAGGUCCCGUUCAUCAUCCCGCUGUCUGCCUGCGUAGCUUUAAGCCUCUGUCACAACUCUGUCUGCGUGCUCGCCGUUGUCCACUGCAGCUAAGGGACACGGGACCGUCUGAGAAGCCACCGGAGGGACGAGAGGCGCAUGCGAAUGAUGGGAAACCUAAAGAGCGAGGACCGCAUUGAGGAUGGACCAGUGAUGAAGCUGCGAGACAAAUAAACAAACCAAUAAAAGAUCAAUUUCUACCCUAGGACCCCCGGCAGGGGACAUGAUUAUCAUUAUGGGAUAGAUACAUAAAGGAGGGGAGAGAGAAAUCUGCUCGUUGCCAUGGAUACCAGCACGCGAAAAUUCACGGUGAGGAGAUGGUUUUCUAUUUACCUGAAGAACAAGGCAGCAAGAAACAAAAACACCGCUGGGUUCUGCCAGGUGGAGGAUGACAGUGUACUUAAGGAGUUUGACAUCAGCCACCAUGUUAAGGAGGGCUGUGAGAAAGCAGACCCUUCACAGUUCCAACUGCUUAAAGUGCUGGGACAGGGAUCCUAUGGAAAGGUGUUUCUGGUUAGAAAAAUAAGAGGAGUGGACAGAGGACAGCUAUAUGCCAUGAAGGUCCUGAAGAAGGCAACGCUAAAAGUUCGGGAUCGUGUGCGAUCGAAGAUGGAAAGAGAUAUACUGGCAGAAGUGAACCACCCAUUUAUAGUUAAACUUCACUAUGCCUUCCAGACAGAAGGGAAGCUCUACCUGAUCCUGGAUUUCCUCCGAGGAGGAGACCUUUUUACUCGUCUGUCCAAGGAGGUAAUGUUCACAGAAGAGGAUGUGAAGUUUUACCUUGCAGAGCUGGCUUUGGCCUUGGACCAUUUACACAGUCUGGGGAUCAUCUACAGGGAUCUCAAGCCUGAAAACAUUCUUCUGGAUGAAGAAGGACAUAUUAAGAUUACAGACUUUGGCUUGAGUAAGGAAGCUAUUGACCAUGAUAAAAGGGCUUAUUCCUUCUGUGGAACAAUAGAGUACAUGGCUCCAGAGGUUGUAAACAGGAGAGGUCAUACACAAAGCGCUGACUGGUGGUCAUUUGGCGUGCUUAUGUUUGAAAUGUUGACGGGAUCAUUACCCUUUCAAGGAAAAGAUCGGAAAGAAACAAUGGCACUUAUUCUAAAGGCUAAGCUGGGAAUGCCACAGUUCCUCAGUCCUGAAGUGCAGAGUUUAUUAAGAGCGCUCUUCAAGAGAAAUCCUGCUAAUCGACUUGGUGCAGGACCAGAUGGAGUAGAAGAAAUAAAAAGGCAUCGCUUCUUUGCAUCAAUAGACUGGAAUAAGCUGUACAAGAAGGAAGUGAGGCCUCCUUUCAAACCAACCGUUGGCAGACCUGAAGACACUUUCCAUUUUGACCCUGAGUUCACCUCCAGAACACCUACUGCACUCUGCAGACGUUUGGUUCAAUGUGUCUUGGGAUAUCCAGAUUCUCCAGGCAUCCCUCCCAGCGCGAACACACACCAGUUGUUUCGUGGUUUUAGCUUCGUUGCAACUAACCAAACUCAGGAGUCCAGUGUUGCUACAGUAGCGGCCACUCCUCAAGAGCUGAACAUCAACCCCAUCGCACAGCAUCUCUGUGGUGAUCUGGCCUUCGGUGAUGUUUAUGAUCUGAAAGAAGAAAUCGGACACACGGGAACCUCUGUCUGCAAAAGAUGUCUGCACAGAAUUACUUCAGUGGAGUAUUGUGUGAAGAUUAUUGACAGAGCAAGGAGAGAUCCGUCAGAAGAGAUUGAGAUUCUGUUAAGAUAUGGACAGCAUCCAAAUAUUAUUACCCUGAAAGAUGUGUUUGACGAUGGCCAGUGUGUGUAUCUGGUUCAGGAGUUACUGAGAGGGGACGAGUUGCUGGACAAAGCUCUGACGCACACAAAUUUUACUGAGAGAGAUGCAUCAGACAUCAUCUGCGCUCUGACCAAAACUGUGGAAUAUUUACACUCACAGGGGGUUGUACAUCGAGACUUGAAACCCAGCAACAUCCGCUAUGCAGAUGACAAUGGACUCCCAGAAUGCAUCAGGAUAUGCGACUUUGGUUUUGCCAAACAGCUCAGAGCUGAAAAUGGUUUGCUGAUGACUCCCUGUUACACAGCUACGUUCAUGGCUCCUGAGAUUUUGAGGAAACAGGGUUAUGAUGCAGCCUGUGACAUCUGGAGCCUGGGGAUCCUGCUCUACACUAUGAUAGCUGGUUUCAGCCCAUUUGCCAGCAGUCCCGAGGACACAGCAGAGGAGAUUCUGGCUCAGAUCGGCUGUGGGAAAUUCAUUAUCACAGGAGGAAACUGGGAGCUGGUGUCAGAAGCAGCCAAGGAUAUCGUGGUUAAGAUGCUCCAUGUGGACCCCCACCAGCGUCUGACUGCCCCACAGGUUCUUCGUCACCCCUGGAUUGUUGAGAGAGACCAGCUCUCUGACAAAUGUCUCACCAGACAAGAUCCACUCAUUGUCAAGGGGGCUCUAUCUGCCACCUAUUCUGCUCUGAGGCGCUGUGCUCCUGCCCCUGUCCUGGAGCCUGUUCAGUCUUCUGGCCUUGCUCAGCGGAGAGGGAUGAAGAAACUUGAGAGUCCAAAAGUCACUUCAGAUCCUAAGGGAAAGGAAUAGCCUCAACCAUUUGAAUGCAGCACAAAUAUAAUUUUAGCUUUUAACCGUAAACCUGCAUUCUAAAAAGCACAAAUCACAUCUAAUAAACUAUAACACGACAAUAUAGACGCCCACUUGUACUGGCACCAGGAUUAGCGUCAAGUCACUCGGUGAAUUGUUUCAAUUUUAACAGCUUGAUGCACUGAUAUAAAAUUCAUCACAUGCACCUUCAUUGGAAACUGUGAAACUGAGUGGCUUGAGGAAGUCAAAUAAUAGAUCUUAAAAGAAAUUAUUCUUAAUUUUGAAAAGAGAAUUUUCAGUUCAAACAUACAGACAUUUUAUUAAAUCAAUUGCUUCUAACGUACCCUUCCUUGGUCAUAUAAGUGGCAAGGCUGUCUUACAAUACACAAAGACAAACUCUUAUCUGCCUUGAAUUACUGUAUAUUUGCAGGAACGGCUGCAGUUCAAAGUAAGAAACAGUAGACUGAAAAAAGGAGUAUUCAGUGCCACAAACAUAAAAGUAGCAGUAUGGUUUAUAUAUUUUUGUAUGUCAACAAAAGCAUAGCAUUUCUUGUUCUAAAGUCAUAACUUAUACACACAGCAUCUCUCUUAGAUUAGCCUAUUUUACUCCAAUCCUCAGACUCAUGCCUGUUAAAAAUGUAAAUAUCCUACCAAAGGGAAUUAUUUAUUUAAAAAUGCCAUCUACAUUAAGAACCACUGGAUGUUGCACUCGAGCACCAGCAGAACAAAACAACCUAGCGUAAAUAUAUAUAUAUUGUAUGGCUGAGGUAUACUACAAUUAAAAACACCAGAGGCCAGUGCCACUGGCACCUUUCUGUACCAGUUUUUUUUUUUUUUUUUUUGCCAGAUUCAGCUGCUUUCAUACGGUGUUGUUCAUGUCUGAGGUGGAGCAACACUUGUUGGGAGACUUUAGUCCUCAGCAAGUCGUCAUUCAACUGGAGUAACAUCAUCUCCACUUUACCCAUGUCUCUUCUGUUCUGCUCCUCUGGAAUAUACAGCUACUGAGAUACUGAACAGCUAUGCUCAAAUUUCAAAAUGCACAGGAAGACUGUGACUAUUUACAGAACCUAUAGCAAUGCCAUUUAGUCUUAUUGGUAGAAAAUGUGAUCAACAUGUUUCUUGCAUAAUUGUCUUCCACAGCCUUUGAUUCACUGAGUAGUCUUUAAAAGAAACAUGGCACACUCUGCAGUCUAUACAUUUUAGACAACGUCCAGCAUAAUUCAUCAAUUUGCAUGUGCUCAAAUGUGUUUAUCAGUAGGCUUAUGUUUGCCAUUAGUAUCUGAAAGCCAAAACAUUGGAGAAUCACUGUGUCAGAUUUUUGUAUAUACUGUCUAAUGAUGCUGCCCUAAUUUUAUCUAAUGAGAUGUUCACUCAUAAAGACGAGGUAUGAUAGAACAGGGUUUUUUGCAGAUACUAGUAGCACUUUGUGUUGUACAGUUAAGCCGUAGCAAUGUAGAUUAUAAUGCUCCACAAGUUAGAAACAUACUUGCUGAUCAGAGGUAAAACGUUUUGAGAUGUGCAAGAAAUGAGCACUGUAGUAGAAACAAUACAUUCUGGACACAGUUUUGUUUGCCAGUUCAAAAACUGUGGGUUUUGUUGCACUGCACAACGGCAAAAGGUGUGGCUGGCAAACUGAUGAAUAAGUAUGCAGUAUGAGUAUGUGUGUUGUACAACCGUAAAAGUAAUGUUGUAUAUAUUGUUUAUUAAUUUAGACUGUACGUACUGUUGUGCAAAACCAACAGUAUGUUGUAUCAGCAGGCUUGGUUGUACAACUGUCAGCAACCAGGAAGACCGAUAUAUUUUUUAGCAAAUAUAUUGGGACUGUACAUAUUACAUUGUGUUGUGCAUUCAUUGCUGUGUACAUACUGUCUAUACCCUGCCAAUUGUUGAAGAUAUUGGCCAGAAUGCCAAAGUUUUACAAAUAAAGGAAAAGAAUGGAAA